GUAUCCAAUCCCAACGCAGCACCUUAGGACACCGCCAAGAUUAGUUUGAUGGCUAACUCAACAAUAUCAUAUAGCUGGUCCUGUAGUGUCUCUGCUAGCUGUUGUACAUAGCAAGCGCGCUAGCCGGUCUCACACCACCACCACCACCACCAACACCACCACCACCAACACCAACACCAACACCAACACCAAAAUCACCAGCCUGCACUGAAGUAGCAGAUCAAGAUAAAAUAAAAAACUUAGAAUGACAACAAGUGUGAAAACAUAGCUGAGGGAAAGCAGACUGGACGCAGAGCCGUGCAGCGGAGACGACGCAAGACACAAACAUGAUGGCAAGAGAUGAAGAAGGCACGAAAGAAACCGGUGGAGAGCUGAAGGUUUUUUCCACUCAGAACGCCAGUCCUGGAACAGGUACUGUGCUGUCUUUCGUAACUGUCCAUCCUUCUUCUGUCACCGGAGUGAAGCAGAUAAUGCCUAAAGCGCUCGGUGCCCCCGGCCUUAACGUGCUUUCACACGUGCUGAUCAGUACUCCUCAGAGACCCAGCGCUCCUGCCGGUGCCACUCUGUUAACCAGCCCCAGAACUCCCAGUGCUCAGUUCCUCACACCACAGACACACACGUGUGACUCUUCACCCUGGUCCAGUGGCCGCGGCAGUAGGAGAGGGGACAAGAACGGGAAAGGCUUGAGACACUUCUCCAUGAAGGUAUGCGAGAAGGUUCAGAAGAAAGGCGUGACCUCCUAUAACGAGGUCGCAGACGAGCUGGUGACCGAGCUGAGUUCCGGAGACAACAUCUCUCCGAAUGAAUCUCACGUUUAUGACCAGAAGAACAUCCGGAGGCGAGUAUACGAUGCACUAAAUGUCUUAAUGGCAAUGAACAUCAUCUCCAAAGACAAGAAGGAAAUCAAAUGGAUCGGCUUCCCGACCAAUUCUGCUCAGGAGUGCAAGGAUCUGGAGGUUGAGCGCCUGAGACGACUUGAAAGAAUAAAGCAGAAACAGUCUCAGCUUCAAGAGCUUAUACUCCAGCAAAUAGCCUUCAAGCGCCUGGUACAAAGGAAUCGUGAGGCAGAGAAGAAGAACCACAGACCUCCUUCCAACACAGUCAUCCACCUCCCCUUCAUCAUCGUGAACACCAGCAAGAAUACAGUCAUCGACUGCAGCAUCUCAAAUGACAAGUUUGAGUACCUGUUUAACUUUGACAACAUGUUUGAGAUCCAUGAUGACAUCGAGGUGCUGAAGCGCAUGGGCAUGGCGUUCGGGCUCGACUCGGGAAAAUGUACAGCAGAAAAUCUGAAGAUAGCCCGGACCUUAAUACCUAAAGCUCUGGAACCUUUUUUAUCAGAUAUGGCACAGGGAGUCCACAAGCAGCCCAAUGGGGGUUACGUUCGCAAAAACAGCGACAACGCAGCCGCCGGCAACGUGGCGUCCAGCUCCAACAGCUCGUGCCACGGCAGCUCUCGCGACACCCCGGCAUCCUUCCUGGAAGACGAGGAGGAGGACGAAGAUGAGGACGAGGAGGAUUUCGAAGAGGACGAUGAGGAAGAUUAACUCGUUUGACUCACCUUUUCUCUGUCGGCACCACCUACAGCAUGGUGGUGUGUUUGUGAGUGAGGUGCAGAAAGUGAGGUUUCUCUGCUUCUGUGACCUGAACAUCCUCAUGAGGUUGUAAUUUCUAGCAGCCCUUUUACAGUCGACUGGGGAAAUGCAGCUGCCUUGUAAAGGACCUCUGUGGUGUUUCCGAGUUAUUUUAUUAUUAUUGUUUUAAUCGUUUUUUUCCCAUUCCCUUGUGUAACCUUGUCACUGUUAAUGAUUCUGUUGGAAGGUUAGACUUAAGUCUCAUGUGAUUCUCUGCCAAUAAUUUCUCCACCCUGACCAUCAAUAUAAAAUCCGUCACUUUUCCUGUCCGAAGAUUCGUACACAAAUUUAUUUGGAUGGCCUCCUAACCUUCAGCUUGGUUUUUUUUUUUUUUUUUUUUCCCCCAUUUUAACAUUUUACAUAAUUUCAUACAAAUUUUUAUUAUUAUUUUUUUAUUUUAAGAGUGAACAUUUUCUGCCAAGUGUCUCAUUAUAACAAACGUAUGUUUUGUAAUUCCAAAGGCUAGUUAAAUGAACAUGAAAUUUUCUGCAAGUGUUCAUUUUUUUUUUUAUGUAAAUCCCUUUUUUUACGAUUAUUUUUUAAAGAACAACAAAAAUCCUUCAGAUUAUAUACAUUUUAUAUGAGUUUAUAUGAACAGUUCAUAUUCUUUUGUGUUAGUUCAAGAAGGGCUAAGAAAAGCAUGAGGUAUUUGUAAUCAUUUAUUCAUAUGUUUAUUUGAAGACAGCGUGUUAAUUUAAAAUGUUACACAGGUUCAUUAAGAAAAUCCUUUUUUUUUGGGCAAGUAAAUAAAAAUUUUUUUUUUUUUAAAGAUCUCUAAUACAAAGGUUGAUUUGCAGAGCGAGUGUGUUUUGUGUGUUAUGGGUACAUAAUGGAAUGAAAUGGAAAAUAAAAAUAAAAAAAAAAGGCUGAAAUGUAAUAUUGAAA